AUGACAGAGGAGAAGGAUUUUGCCGAUAAGGCAGGAGGGAGUGAUAGUCAACAUGAAGACUAUGGAAAAGAAAGCUCUGUGUCUAACCCAAUCAUAGUUGAAAAAAAUGAGACCGUUGAAGUGAUAACUCUCGAUAAGGGGGAAAAUACGGACAUCGAGGACGAUGAUGAGACAAAACAGUCUGAUGAUGAGAAAGGAAACGAGGAGGACGCUGAUUUGUCGAAGAAAGUCUCUGAUAAUGGUGAAGAUGAAUCGGAUAACGAGAGAAAAAGUGAUGGUAGUGAAGAUGAGGUAUCUGAAAGCAAUGAUGAACCGAUAAUAAUGGAGGGUAAGAGAAAAAGAAUUCAAGUAGAAAGGCUAUCCUUUGCCUCACCUGUUGCGAACUCUCCUUCUCGAGUUUCCCUUAUAGGAUUUGGAUCAGGAAAACCUUUAGGAUCUUUCCCUCAUAUUGAGAAUAGCAUUAACAAGAUUCACAGCCUUCAAUUGAAACUUCUCCAUAGAUUACUCUAUACAUAUACUUCCAAAAUGAAUCUUAUUAAGAGAGAAAUACGCUUAUUCAAUGGGUUUCCGUUUGACCCUUUAAGUAAAGAUUAUCAAAAGAAAGUCGAUUUUCUGAAUAGAUUGAACCAAGCUGAUCUGAAAGUGAUGAAACAAGUGCUAGGUAUGAAGUCUCGCGUGAAAAAAGAUCUGAUUGAUGAGCUGCUUUCAUUUCUCUGUGAACCUGACGAGAAGAAGUUUCAUGUCAACAAGAAGAGACACACAACUCCGAAAUCAUCUAGCGAGCCAAAAGCAAAAAGGACCAAGGUCUCGGCAAAGGAGUCAGAGAGUAAUGAUUCUACAGAAGAAUAUACCUCAGACGAAGAGCAUGAAAAAGGGGAGGAAGUAGUUCUAAAGUUUAAAAGCCGAGCAAAAGACAAAAAAAACGUGUCAACAAGUCCUGAAAAAUCCGAUUCUACCAAGACUAAACAAACGCCGAAAAGUGAAACAACUAGAGUGAAAUCCUCUCAAAAAUCCGAAACAUUGAAAGUAAAGACAUUGGGAAAGAACGAUACAGCAAAGGCUAAAUCUACGCCUAAACCUGAAACAAACAAAGGUAAAUCCUCAAUGAGGUCCCAAACAGCUGAAGAGAAAAUCUCUGAAACACCAAAGAGAAAUAAUUCGGAAACCCCGAAGGGCAAAAACCAAACUUCUAAGAAGAGAAAAAAUAUUUGCAAUGACUCGAACCCCACUGAUGAAAUGAUAGUGAGCAUGAUACGAGAAUUACUGAAAGAUGCUGAUUUGACUAUAAGCAUGAGACAAAUGAUUAAUACUCUACACGAGUGUUUCCCUAAUGCUAGUUUCGAGGGACGGAAGGCAUUUCUCAAAGAGAAAGUGAUAAAUGUUGUUCAAGAGUGA